AACAGCAGUGUUCAAUUGCUCUUGAGACGUACCGCACGCGUUCGAUUAAUUUUAUUUAGUCUCGUCGUGUUUGAGAUCGUGCUUAAAGUUCGCUGCUCAACAAUCAAAUUCUCGAAGUGUUGAGUGAAUUUCUUUCCAGAAAUUUUAAAUUUAAGAAACGGACUGACAUCAGUAUUAUCAAUAUCAAAAUGGGGUAGUGAAAUAUGUGUAUAAUCAAAAACAAAAUAAAAUAUACAUAAAAACUCUAGUAUACAAAUAUUCCGUUGUGAUUCAGUGGUGCUUUUGGGGAGUGCAAUUAACUAAUCCGGCAGUCAUGUAUUCCAUGAACUAUAUCGGCAAGUUUAUCGCGAAGUUCUACAGUGAAAUCAAUGGUGCUACACUUACCGGUGCUAUCGAUGUGGUGGUGGUGGAACAGCCCGAUGGCAGCUUCACCUGUUCGCCGUUCCACGUGCGCUUCGGAAAGCUGGGUGUGCUGCGUUCCAGGUUUAAAGUGGUUGACUUAGAGCUGAAUGGAGAGCCACUGAACAUUCACAUGAAGCUGGGGGAAUCGGGUGAAGCGUUCUUUGUGGAAGAAGUCGGGGAGGAUGAAGCGGAAUGUGCUGCCCACCUCGCCACUUCGCCGAUACCCGCCACGCGAUUUGAUAAUCUGUACGAACCCCGGCGACGUAACUCGCUCUCCGCCGUGGAACCUGAUCAUGGACAAGCUUCCGACUACACUAAGAGAAGAUAUACUGCAGACGGGAAGUCUAUGCAAAAACCGGACCUAAGCAAAUUAGGUAAAAACAAGAAAGAGGACAAAAAAACAGUUGACGAUCAUGACAAUGAGGCUUUAUUUGAAAUGGACGGCUUAAACGAAGGCUCGUCUGAUUGGACUGAUUCAAAACCAAAGACAUUCGCGGCCACGAAACUAGGCUCAGCUGAGAGCGAGGCAAAUCAAACUGUUCAGAAGAUUAGCGAGCAUAAUGAUUUCCGACCAAUUGAUGCUGCACCCAGCCACGAAGACCUCAAACCAAAUAAUGGUAACGGUAAAAAGAAGAAGAAAACAAGAAAAGUCAGCUCGAAGAAGAAGCACCAAAGAAAGUCAUCGACCAGUUCGAUUUCUAGUCAAUCUGAUAUCCCCAGCUCUGAGCAACGCGGUUCGCAGCCGACGUCCAUUCCGAAUACGACUGAUAUAAAUUUCUAUAGCGACACUGAAGCUGUGACAGGUUGUCUUAGUAAGGGGUCUCGUCAUGGAACACCAGUCCAAUCAGAUACGGAAAUGGAGUUACAAAGGGCUGCAAAUGGUGACAAGUCGUCUCAGUCCUGGCGAUGGGGCGAACUGCCGGAGCCCCCGAUCAGAAACGUGCAGGCCGAGUGCCCUGAGACCCCAGUGUCUCCCACGUCCCCGACGGAGCCCGCGUCCCCAACGGAGCCCUUAAGUUCUGAUGAGGAAAGGACGGAACGCCGUGGAGUUUUAAGUGGCAUGUUCCGGUUUAUGUCCACGCGGGAAGCCGCUGAUACUGCGCCCGGGGGCGUCUACCUCGAUGACCUGGAUCGCGGUCAAGUCGAUCCCGAUUUAUACUUUCCGAAACACCACGCAGAUCGCUAUCGGACAGUUGGUGGUAACGUUGGCAUACCAAGCGGUCCUACGGAAGAAGAGUACGAGUCUGGCAAUGGACCGUCGCUGCCACAGUCGCCCAAUUCACCGGCUUCACUCGACGCGCCCACCCUCGACUCUGAUGAUGACGAGAAACUACUUGCCAAGGGCCAGGUUUCGGUAAUGGCGCGUGAUGGUGCGGUUUCGCGAGCGCUCAGCUACGAAGAGUUUUGCAUGCAAGGCGCCGCGUUGGCUAGUACGGGGCAGCUAGAAGUGCGGCUGGGAACACGUUGUAUGCCGUGGCGUAGUGCUGGACCGCUGCUGCUAUCAUUGCUGGCCUACAGGCGCCCGCUACCUAACCGAGUGCUCGAAGACCUAGAGAAAGGUGAAAAAGGUGAAGAGUCGGUGAGCAGCCGCGGCGCUGACGAGGCCAAGCCGCGCUCUUACUCGUGGUGGUACUGGCGACGAUCCAACACAGACAAAAGGUCAGAGUCGUCACAGCCCAAAGAUGAAAUUCAAGAUGUGAGCGCACCACACAGUGAUACAGCGAAAAGUAUAACCCCAAAAACUGAUUCAAUCGAUGAAGAUCAGCUAGAUCACUGGACUGAGGAAAAAGGCGACAAAAUUGAGGAAGCAAAAGAAAUGACGAACCUCCAUGAAGCCAUCAUAGUUGAAGAAGUAAUGGAAAUUGGUGAAACCUCGCCAAUUAUUCCUACUCGCGAAGUAUCCGUGCGUCAUGAUCAGAGUUCGUCAGAUUCGGAACACGAGACUCAUAACACGAGGUCAUCACGACGGCAGUCCACCUUCCGGAAGACCCUGCGUCUCUCUUCUGAUCAAAUUAAAAAGCUGAAUUUACGCGAGGGCAUGAACGAGAUGGUGUUCAGCGUGACCACUGCGUACCAGGGCACCACGCGUUGCAAGUGCAACGUGUUCCGUUGGCGGUACGAUGACAAGGUGGUCAUCUCCGACAUCGACGGCACCAUCACCAAGUCGGACGUGCUGGGCCACAUCUUUCCACUCGUCGGCAAGGACUGGGCGCAGUCGGGAGUUGCGCAACUUUUCACCAAGAUCAAGAACAACGGCUACCAGUUGCUCUAUCUAUCGGCGCGUGCCAUCGGACAAGCUAGGGUGACCCGAGAAUAUCUACGCUCUAUUAAGCAAGGGGAAGUUUGUUUACCGGACGGACCACUGCUGCUGAACCCCACGUCCCUUCUGCGCGCCUUCCAUCGAGAGGUCAUCGAGAAGAAGCCAGAGGAAUUCAAGAUCCAGUGCCUUGCCGAUAUCAAAGCAUUGUUCCCAACGGGCUCAAACCCUUUCUACGCGGGAUAUGGCAAUCGAGUCAAUGAUGUUUGCGCGUACCAAGCCGUCGGCAUUCCCAUCGUGAGAAUAUUCACGAUAAACUACAAGGGUGAACUCAAGCACGAGCUGACCCAGACAUUCCAGUCGACGUACUCGCAUAUGUCGGUGCUGGUGGACCAGGUGUUCCCGCCGGCGCAGUGCGAGCCCAGUGACGAGUUCUCGCAGAGCGUGUACUGGCGUGAGCCGCUGCCGUGCCUCGAACUGCCGGCCCGUGCGCCGCCCGCACCGCACUAAACACCCAUACGCAAUACCGUAUACACAGGAUGCUAGGUCUCCAACCGGUCAUAUACAAAACGCGAAAUCUAUAUGGUUUAACGUAAGCUUCGUAUUUAAAAGAUCUAUAAGUCGUGCGCAUUACAUAGCCUAAAGGUAGCGAGACAAAAAUCAUCACUAUUGAGUGAGUGAAUUAAUCAAACUGCAUGUUGUAAUAAAACACCACAAUACCGGUAACUAGUAAUUUUUAAAAUGGUCAAAUUUAUUUCGCUCUAGCUUCCCCACUACGUAAAUUAAAAGUUCUUCCUGUAACCUCGCAAAGUAACUUACCUGGCUUUUUUUUUUUUUUCAUAUGACGUUAUAUACUCUGGGUAAAAUCUUCUACGAUACUAUUAUCGUACGGUACUAUAAUUAAUUAUAUGUGAAUUAUUAAAUCCCCCAAAAAUGAUAAAGAUUAGGUGGUGGUAGUUGUGAAUGUGAAUAAAGUAGUGAAUGUAACAAAUAAACAAUUCCAUUAUGUAGUGCUUCUAACAUUUCGUAGUGUUUGUGAGUGGCUAAAUUGGGAUGUAGUGGUAUUCUUAGGCUUAGCAGAAAAUACACUGUAAGCUUAUGGCCACAAUUUAUUUAAAAAGUUGAAUUUCAUUUGCACGAGCGUAGUCACGCAAAAGCUACUGUUCUCAGUCUGUAUCUGUUAGUUGAGCAUCGUUGUAGAGGGCACAUCCUUUGCCGAGUAGAGUUAAUGUAUAAGUAGCGUCACGUAAGAAGAGCGCUGAUGGAAUAACUGUGCACUCGACGAUUUAUUAAAUUGCGAAUGAUUGCAUCUCUCCUAUUUUGUUUAAUGUAUUCCUAAUAUUGUAAUUUUUACACUAAAUACAUUGAAAAGUAUUCACGCAUUUUUAUCUGUGCACUUGUGCCUGCCCAACGGUCGACCAUUAAACUUCAGCUUCAUAUACAGUCUUAAGUCGUUUCAGUGAUUUUUCGACAUAGCGUAGUACAGACAUCCAAAAACGUGCCGCUUGGCAUAGAGGCUGCUAAAAAUGUUUACUGAAAUAGCAACUCUCAUAAUUUACACAUAAUUGCAUCAAUUGGCGCAGAUAAACCGCCAGGGCUCUUUUUAUGUGACGCGACGUAUUUUUCGAUAUUUUACAUAAUAGUCGUCGACAUUAUGAGCAGGUUAUUGAACAUGCUGUGAUAUAGUGAUCUCAAGUUCACAUCUAUAUCACGAUGGGAUAGUUGCCAUUACCGACAUGACAUGAUCAUAGUGAUAGCUAAUAUUAUCCUCGUAAUUUUCGUUUGUAAUGUAUACAAAUAUUACCAUUAUUAUAUUGUGUCCACACUUUUCUAUAGUUCAUGGCUUAUCUGUUUUAAAAUGCAAACUACCUACUCAUAACAUUUAAGUUCGAAAUCUAUUUUUAAAAUAUAAAAAAGACAACCUGUUUUUCAGUUAACAUUUCAAGACAAGAAAUGAACUUUACUUGGGUUUCCCACUAUCAUUAGAAAUCCAACUCUUUCUUUCAACUGAACUGAGACUGAAAUAUUACAGUAUCAUUGGUAUUAGAUUACUUUUCGAGUGUCGAAACAACAUGAAUGAGGGCGUAAAAUGGACCUAAUGAUCUUCGCUUUAAAGUAAACUUUUUUGAACUGGUGUUUUAUUCUACAAAAAUCCGCUAUGAAACGAACGGAAAAGCUUAAGUUCUAAGAUGAAUAUGGCCCACUUUACUCUAUCUACUUCGACUCACUUUACAAUCUUUCGAUACUGGAAUAGGAUUCUAUCCUACUUAUUAAUGAAAGGUAGCGUAGCGUCAGAAUAGUAACGCAGUGUUUUAAAACAUUAUAACUACUUUAAUCCUACACCACUUCUGACAGCGUCUACAUGGUUUGCAUUAGAAAUACCCAUAUUGUACUACUACAAGUGGUUGGGAUAAGCUUCUUCUGCAAAACGGCAAUUUUGCAGCUGAUGGGUUUUAAUGCUCAAAUCUCUUUGGAUCUAUCUUGCAGGAUAUUGUAUGAUAAUGAUCACAUCCUUUUUUUAAAUAGUAUAAGUUUUUUUAUGUCUCAUUUCAGUGGAAACACACCAUUAGUUAACUAAGUGGAGUGCAGCAUUAGGUUUUAUUCAAAUAGUUACAAACUAUAAUCUAAGGUUAGUUUUAAGUUACUUCAUAAAACAGCUGGAUGUAAUAUUUUUUUCUGGUUUCAAAGACUGUCAUUUCGUAGUUGCGAUAACCUAAGAAUAUAUUUUGCUGAUUGUGAGGUCAGAUGAAAAGCAAUGCUUUACUAUUGUACUGUGAUUAUUUGUUUUCUAUGUAAGUUAAUUUUAUUAGAAAAAAACAUACAGAAUUAUACUAUAUUCAGUCCCUAAAAGGCAAGGCCUUUGCUAGGUGAUAAUUUUUAUUUUUGUAUAAAUUUGUUUUUAAUUAGAAUGCUUAUUAGUUAGAUGUAU